UAGUUUCCGACCUUACUGACUGAGACGUCGCGCCAUUCGAUCAACUUACAUUCUCGGUUGGUUGGUAAAGCGGCAACGCAUGUACCAAGCGGCGAAAAAAAUAUUUCCACCUUCGAAAAACAGAAGCGCAUGCUGUAUGCACUCUACAUAAGUACAUACCGUGUACGCGAAGAUCCAUCGCUUGGUACAUCAUAGGAAUAAUAAAAGAAUAUAGAUAAAAAUUAAGAACUAUAAUACAAUGGAUACGUCGCCAAAUUCUUAUUCCCGAAAAAUGCACAAUUCGUACGAAGACGAGGAGGAAAGAAUGCAUUUUCUCCGCAUAGUGUCUGCCUUUAAAUACUACAGACCCCAUUCCCUACAACGGGUGAAGAAAACGGAAACUUACUUCAUGUCUCUACCUGGUCAUCAUCAGAAGCUGCUUUCCAAGUACAGAGAACAACUCCAAGAGAUAAAAAGAUGCAUUGAGAACAACGACCACAUUAUUAAACUCAUCAUUAAAGAUGUGACUCAUAUUUUUGAAAACGUCAGUCCGACCACUGCCCAAACCGAGAGUACGCCAAAUCCUCGACCGGUUAUGGCUGACCAGGAAAAGGUACAAGCAACAAUAAAGCAGCUAGUUAGAGACUGGAGCGAAGAGGGUGCCCAAGAAAGACUGUCCUGUUAUCAACCUAUCAUAGACGAAAUACUCCAACAGUUUCCUCCUGAUUUUUGUGUACCGUCAGAAGUGCAAGUCCUAGUACCUGGCGCAGGGCUCGGAAGACUUGCGUACGAAAUAGCCAGACGAGGAUACACAUGCCAAGGAAAUGAAUUUUCUCUCUUCAUGCUGUUCGCUUCACAUUUUGUCCUGAACAAGUGCAGAGGAACAAAUACGUACCAGGUUCAUCCCUGGGUUCAUCAAUACAUGAACAACCUCAAGCCCGAGCAUCAAACGCACGCAGUUUUAUUUCCCGACGUAAAUCCUAGUGACCUCCCCGAAAAUGCACAAUUUUCCAUGGCUGCGGGUGAUUUUUUGGAGGUGUACACGGAAGAUAAUCACUGGGACUGUGUAGCAACUUGUUUUUUCAUUGACUGUGCGAACAACGUAGUACAAUUUAUCGAAACAAUUUAUAAAAUUCUGAAGCCUGGCGGAGUUUGGAUAAACUUAGGACCGUUGUUGUACCACUUCAGCGACAUACCAAUGGAAGAUUCGAUAGAACCAAGCUACGAGGCUGUCCGCGAGGUUAUAAUGGGCCUCGGAUUCCGGAUGGAGAGAGAGGAUACCCACGUAAAAACCCGUUAUGCUCAGAACACGAACAGCAUGCUACAGUAUGAAUACAACAGCGUGUAUUUCGUCUGUAGAAAACCUAAGGCAAAUUCGUCGUCGGAUUUGAGUAAUCACAUUAAUGGUUCAGAAUCCAACGGUUCGCAGGAGCAGGAAAACUAAAUGCCAGAGCUUACGGCUAAUUCCGCAUAUGUUGUUGGACAAAUUAGACAUUCUGCGACACAUGAAAAGAAUACCUGUUGGAAUUACUGGGCUGAUUACGUGUUGUUGAGCAGUGCUCAAUUAGAGCGGUUGUACAGUUGGAUCAAAGACACUUUUACCAAAUCGAUACUAUAGGUUACAAAAGGUCACCAUUUAUUUUUACAUUAGAGAAAAUUAUGAGGCGACGUAGAGUUGGAAAAACAUAAAAUGAAGUAAAAUAAAAAAAGAAUAAAAUCAGUUGAAUGGGUGUUCACGCCCUGGACGUUGGAACUUUGAAUCACUCAAUUGUGCGUAUAAUGUUGUAUUGAUUAGAAGAAAGAAUCGUUAGAAAUUUUAUUAGUUGUGUUAAUAUAAUGUGUAUAAGAAAAGCGUUUUCGAACACUUAGUUUAGAAGAACAAAAUCAAGAGCAGACAUAUAUAUAUAUAUAUAUAUAUUUAUUUAUGUGUAUAUUCACAUACACACACACACACUCGCGCGCGCGCGUAUAUUGAGUGAAUUUUUUAUAUGAUUCGCUAAGUUACGUACAAUUUACAGAAAAUUUCAGUCAUAUUUCAAGUACAAAUGAAUUGCACUCGUUGCAGUUGCAAGGUAGAUGAACUUAAAAUACAUCCUUGCAUAUGUUAUUUUUUGUUUCGAAAUCUAACACUAUUGACACUAUUUUUAUUGUUGUAACUCCAUAUAAAACAAAUACGUGUUAUAUUGCAUCAUCAAUAGAUCAUAAGUGCAUUCCUGACUGAAUAUUUCUCCCAAUUAUAUAUGUCCUUAUGUCAUUAGUAAAUAAUUGAAACCUUUUUUUUAAAUGCAAAAUGAAAUACUGAUAUUUUCGAAGCAAAUAUGUCUUGUAGUUGAUUUUGCUACAAAAUGUAAGAAUAAAUAUAAAUAUAAUUGUUAUAUUACUUUAAAACUUGCUAUUGAAGAAAAAAAAAAAAGAAAUACAAUCCAAGUUGACA